GCCCCUCUCCGCUGGCCGUAGCUGCGGCGGGGACCACCCGCUCCUCACAGCCCCGUCCCCAGCCCGUGCCCUCAGCGGGACUGAGAGAUAGCAGAGUCAGGCGGGAGGGAGGCGGCGGCGAUGGGCGGAGGAAGAAGCGCGGCAGGGAGGGACUAUUUGAGGAGACCCUGGCAGGCUGAGGUGCGGAGUGAUCCCGGAGAGUGAGCGGCCCCGCACUGAGGCCGAGGAGAGCGGCGGGCGCGCCGGGCGCCAUCCCAGCGAGGGCUCCGCGCCUGCGCCGCUUCCGCCGCCGUGAGGGGAGCACCGGCGGCCGCCCCGUUUCACCGCCCGCCCCUGCCCCGCGCCCCUGCCCCGGGGAGCUCGCCCCCAGCCAUGGCCCAGAUACUGCCCAUUCGCUUCCAGGAGCACUUCCAGCUCCAAAAUUUGGGCAUUAAUCCAGCAAACAUUGGAUUCAGCACCCUAACAAUGGAGUCUGACAAGUUCAUCUGCAUAAGGGAGAAAGUAGGAGAGCAGGCACAAGUAGUGAUAAUUGACAUGAGUGAUCCAACAACACCCAUCAGACGUCCAAUUUCUGCAGAAAGUGCCAUCAUGAAUCCAGCCUCUAAAGUAAUAGCGCUCAAAGCCGGGAAAACACUUCAGAUCUUUAACAUUGAGAUGAAGAGUAAAAUGAAAGCCCACACAAUGGCUGAGGAAGUGAUCUUCUGGAAAUGGAUAUCUGUGAAUACAGUUGCCUUGGUGACAGAGACAGCAGUGUACCACUGGAGCAUGGAGGGAGAAUCACAGCCCCAGAAGAUGUUUGAUAGACAUGCUAGUCUUGCAGGCUGCCAAAUCAUCAAUUACAGAACAGAUGAACACCAAAAAUGGCUGCUGCUGAUAGGAAUUUCAGCACAGCAAAAUCGUGUGGUUGGUGCAAUGCAGCUGUACUCAGUUGAUAGAAAAGUCUCCCAACCUAUAGAAGGCCAUGCAGCAGCUUUUGCAGAAUUCAAAAUAGAGGGAAAUGCCAAACCUUCUACCCUCUUCUGUUUUGCAGUGAGGAGUCCUGCAGGAGGCAAGCUGCACAUAAUUGAAGUAGGUCAGCCAGCUACUGGAAAUCAGCCAUUUGUUAAGAAAGCUGUUGAUGUGUUUUUCCCACCUGAGGCACAGACAGACUUUCCUGUGGCAAUGCAGAUUGGAAUUAAGCAUGGUGUGAUUUAUCUGAUCACGAAGUAUGGAUAUAUCCACAUGUAUGAUUUGGAGUCUGGAGUGUGCAUCUACAUGAACCGUAUUAGUGCUGAUACUAUCUUUGUCACAGCUCCUCAUGAACCUACCUCAGGCAUUAUUGGUGUGAACAAAAAAGGACAGGUGCUUUCUGUAUGUGUUGAGGAAGACAACAUUGUGAACUAUGCUACAAAUGUUCUCCAGAAUCCUGACUUGGGACUGCGAAUGGCUAUACGGAGUAACCUAGCUGGGGCAGAGGAGUUAUUUGCCAGGAAGUUUAACACACUGUUUGCUCAAGGAAACUAUGCAGAUGCUGCUAAAGUAGCUGCAUCUGCACCAAAGGGAAUUCUACGUACCAGUGAUACAAUUAGGAAGUUCCAGAGUGUACCAGCUCAGCCUGGGCAGGCCUCUCCCCUGCUCCAGUACUUUGGAAUAUUGCUCGACCAGGGCCAGCUGAACAAGUUUGAAUCUCUGGAGCUCUGUCGCCCCGUCCUGCAGCAGGGCCGCAAACAGCUUCUGGAGAAGUGGCUGAAGGAAGACAAGCUGGAGUGCUCGGAGGAGCUUGGAGACUUGGUGAAGACGGCUGACCCAACCCUUGCACUCAGUGUCUACCUUCGAGCUAAUGUGCCAAACAAAGUGAUCCAGUGCUUUGCUGAAACUGGCCAAUUCCAGAAAAUAGUGCUCUAUGCUAAAAAGGUUGGCUAUACCCCUGACUGGAUCUUCCUACUGAGAAGUGUGAUGAGAGUCAGUCCAGAACAAGGCCUGCAGUUCUCUCAGAUGCUGGUACAGGAUGAGGAGCCACUGGCUAACAUUAACCAGAUUGUGGAUGUGUUCAUGGAGCACAGUCUUCUGCAGCAGUGCACAUCCUUUUUGUUGGAUGCCCUGAAAAAUAACCGCCCUACAGAAGGCCACCUUCAGACCCGUCUCCUGGAAAUGAAUUUGAUUCAUGCCCCGCAGGUUGCAGAUGCCAUUCUUGGAAACCAAAUGUUUACACACUAUGAUCGUGCUCAUGUUGCCCAGCUGUGUGAAAAGGCAGGCUUGCUCCAGCGAGCUUUGGAACACUACACAGAUCUCUAUGAUAUUAAACGUGCAGUUGUUCAUACUCACCUCUUGAAUCCUGAGUGGCUUGUGAACUUCUUUGGCUCUCUCUCAGUUGAGGACUCUGUGGAGUGUUUGCGUGCCAUGCUAUCAGCCAACAUUCGGCAAAACCUACAGCUCUGUGUGCAAGUUGCUUCUAAAUACCAUGAACAGCUUGGCACCCAGUCUCUUGUGGAGCUUUUUGAAUCUUUCAAAAGCUAUGAAGGACUGUUCUAUUUCUUGGGUUCCAUUGUAAACUUUAGCCAGGAUCCAGAUGUUCACUUCAAGUACAUCCAGGCAGCUUGCAAGACUGGUCAGAUAAAGGAAGUGGAAAGAAUCUGUCGUGAAAGUAACUGCUAUAACCCAGAACGAGUGAAGAACUUCCUGAAGGAGGCAAAGCUCACAGAUCAGCUUCCUCUGAUCAUUGUCUGCGAUCGGUUUGACUUUGUUCAUGACCUGGUGCUCUAUUUAUAUCGCAAUAAUCUGCAGAAGUAUAUCGAGAUCUAUGUACAGAAGGUGAAUCCUAGCCGGAUACCAGCAGUGGUUGGAGGGCUUCUUGAUGUAGAUUGUUCUGAAGAUGUCAUCAAGAACUUGAUCAUGGUGGUGAGAGGGCAGUUCUCCACAGAUGAGCUGGUGGCUGAAGUGGAAAAAAGAAAUCGGCUUAAGUUGCUGUUGCCAUGGCUUGAAUCAAGGAUUCAUGAAGGCUGUGAAGAACCUGCAACUCAUAAUGCUUUGGCCAAAAUCUACAUUGACAGUAAUAAUAAUCCAGAGCGCUUCCUUCGUGAGAAUCCUUACUAUGACAGCCGUGUAGUUGGCAAAUAUUGUGAAAAGAGGGACCCUCAUCUGGCCUGCGUUGCUUAUGAGAGGGGGCAGUGUGAUCUGGAACUCAUAAAGGUGUGCAAUGAGAACUCCCUGUUUAAGAGUGAGGCUCGCUACCUGGUGCGCAGGAAGGACCCUGAGCUCUGGGCAAAUGUACUGGAAGAAAACAACCCAUUCAGGCGGCAGCUUAUUGACCAGGUUGUCCAAACAGCUUUAUCAGAGACACAGGAUCCAGAGGAAGUUUCUGUAACUGUGAAAGCUUUCAUGACUGCUGAUCUGCCAAAUGAACUGAUUGAGUUAUUGGAAAAAAUUGUCUUGGAUAAUUCUGUAUUCAGUGAACACAGGAAUCUCCAGAAUCUGCUGAUCCUGACUGCCAUUAAGGCCGACCGCACCCGAGUGAUGGAGUACAUCAAUCGACUGGAUAACUAUGAUGCCCCAGAUAUUGCCAACAUUGCCAUCAGUAACGAGCUAUAUGAGGAAGCCUUUGCUAUAUUCAGAAAAUUUGAUGUCAAUACUUCAGCAAUUCAGGUGCUGAUUGAGCACAUUGGCAACUUAGACCGUGCUUAUGAAUUUGCAGAGAGAUGUAAUGAACCAGCAGUGUGGAGCCAACUGGCCAGAGCACAGCUCCAGAAGGACUUGGUGAAGGAAGCCAUUGACUCCUAUAUAAAGGCAGAUGAUCCAUCUGCCUACAUGGAAGUCGUUCAGGCAGCUAAUAGAAAUGAUAAUUGGGAGGACCUAGUCAAGUUCUUACAGAUGGCCAGGAAGAAGGCCAGAGAGUCUUAUGUAGAGACAGAACUUAUUUUUGCUUUGGCAAAAACUAAUCGUCUGUCAGAACUGGAGGAGUUUAUUAGUGGCCCUAAUAAUGCCCAUAUACAACAGGUCGGUGAUCGCUGUUAUGAAGAGGGGAUGUACGAAGCAGCAAAACUUCUCUAUAACAACGUAUCCAACUUCGCUCGCCUGGCAUCUACCUUGGUGCACCUUGGGGAGUAUCAGGCAGCAGUGGACAGUGGCCGCAAAGCCAACAGCACAAGGACUUGGAAGGAGGUCUGCUUUGCCUGUGUGGAUGGAAAAGAAUUUCGCUUGGCACAGAUCUGUGGCUUACACAUAGUCAUCCAUGCUGAUGAACUUGAGGAGCUGAUCAGUUACUAUCAGGAUCGUGGCUACUUUGAAGACCUCAUUGCCCUUUUGGAAGCUGCUCUGGGCCUAGAGCGUGCUCACAUGGGGAUGUUUACUGAACUUGCCAUCUUAUACUCCAAAUUCAAGCCUCAGAAAAUGAGGGAACAUCUGGAACUUUUCUGGUCUAGAGUUAAUAUUCCAAAGGUGCUCAGAGCUGCAGAACAGGCUCAUCUCUGGGCAGAACUUGUAUUCCUGUAUGACAAGUAUGAGGAGUAUGACAAUGCAAUAAUUACUAUGAUGAAUCAUCCCACUGAUGCCUGGAAAGAAGGCCAGUUUAAAGACAUAAUUGCCAAGGUGGCCAAUGUGGAGCUGUACUACAAAGCCUUGCAGUUCUACUUAGACUACAAACCUCUGCUGAUCAAUGAUCUCCUGCUUGUAUUAUCUCCACGACUGGAUCACACCAGGACAGUCAAUUUUUUCUCAAAGGUUAAUCAGCUAUUUCUAGUAAAGCCUUACCUGCGUUCAGUCCAGAACCACAACAACAAAGGAGUUAAUGAAGCUCUAAACAACCUUUUAACAGAAGAAGAAGAUUUCCAGGGUUUGAGAGCUUCCAUUGAUGCCUAUGACAACUUUGAUAACAUAACAUUGGCUCAGCGUCUGGAAAAGCAUGAACUAAUUGAAUUUAGGCGUAUUGCAGCAUACUUGUACAAGGGUAACAACCGCUGGAAACAGAGCGUGGAGCUGUGCAAGAAAGACCGUCUGUAUAAGGAUGCUAUGCAGUAUGCUGCAGAGUCCAAAGAUGCAGAGCUGGCUGAGAAGCUGCUCCAGUGGUUCUUGGAAGAAGGCAAGCAGGAGUGCUUUGCAGCCUGCCUUUUCACAUGCUAUGACUUGCUGCACCCAGAUGUAGUCCUUGAGUUGGCAUGGAGACAUAACAUCAUGGACUUUGCAAUGCCUUAUUUCAUCCAAGUGAUGAGAGAGUACCUUACCAAAGUUGAUGGACUGUUCUAUAAGGUGGAUAAACUUGAUGCUUCUGAAAGCCUAAGAAAAGAAGAGGAACAAGUAGCUGAACCCACUCCAAUAGUAUUUGCCACCAUGGCUGUCUUCAAGUGUGGUGCUAUUUUAGAAGCCCUUCUGAAGAGGCAUUCUGCUAACAAGCACCUAGAAGUGGCUGGCCAGCAGUUGAUGUUAACAGCAGGCCCCAGUGCAGUACCUCCCCAGGCAAACUUCCCAUAUGGAUACACAGCACCAGGAUUCACCCAGCCGCCUGUUUAUGGUUUCAAUAUGUAACUAGCUCUCUGACAGACCUUCACUGUCUCUGUUCUCUUCCUUCCCGUCCCUUUUUAACUUCUCCAAGAAGUGUACAAGGCACAGAUGACCUUCUGAUGGCUGAACACACUUGCUGCCCAGCUCAGUGAGGAGACUUCAGCAGGAUGCCUGUUACUGUUAUUUAUUGAUUAUUGUCCGGUUACAUUUCAACCUCUGAAAGGCAGCUUUUGUUAAUGACAUUGUGAGACUCUUGUCUGAAGUUAAGGCACUAUUUCACUAACUCAUAUAGCAAUAACUACUUGAGGCCAGGGGGAAGAGAGCAUAAUUUUCUUUCUUUGGAAAAGCCCAUUGAAGGCAGCUGGGAAUUUGCCUGGCACCAAGUUGUUAAAGCUUUAGCUGAAGCUACUGAAGUAGCAGGGUUGUUAACAAUUCAAUGAAACAUCUCUUUAAUAAUGAAUUGUUGAAAGCUUGUGUACAUCUGACCACCCCAUUUUAUUUGCAUUCUUAUGUGCAAAAGAAAAUGGGCUUUUCUAAUAUUUGUGCUCUGAAUGUUUAGAGGAAUAUUGGGAAAGUUUCCUUUUCUGGACAAUAAUGCUGUUGGAGUUCAAUACUGUUGGGGUUCAAUACUGUUGGAGUCUGUUCUCUAUUUUCUGGAGUAGAUCUGAGACUUGAAGAAAAUAAAUCUUCUCAUGCCAGAGAGCAAACACUUCCCAGAUCCUUUUUGUUUAACAAGAAGAGAGCAUGUUACUUAUUGACGUUAAAUGGUACUAAAACAAACCUCAGCUGUGUGUGGCAAAGAGAACAUGGGAGUGUGCAUGGGCUGCCAAAGCACUGGAGAUGCAAGAGCACAGCGUCAGGGUUGGGGACGGGGACGUACUGCUACCAUCUUGAGGCAGUAGGGAGGGCCAUAAUCCUGACUUUUUAUUUGCACCUUUAACUGAUUCUGGCAUUGGCUUCCUGCCACACCAUGUUCUGACCCUGUCUGGUGGGCAGAGUCAGCACCACCUGAGUGACCAGGGUGCACUGACUCAGUUCUGCUAUGCUGCAGUAGGAUCAAGAGCGUGUCCAUCACCCACCUCUUCCUUUGAGAAUGCCAACAGGGAUAUAUUAUUAUUUUGUGCCACUUCAAAUACAUGUAUCAUUAACGUUUUAUGUACUUAGAUAACAAUGUAUAAUUUAUGGUUAUGAAUCUUGUGCUAAUCUUGAAUAUUAUAAAAGUUCAAUUAUAAAUGUAAAACUGCAG